ACAGGUGAUAGUGAUACGGGUGCACACGACGUCAGGUACCAUUGUCUCAGUGUUGUGUAAUGGCGGCCGUCUAAACACCCCAGUCUGUGUGAUACAUCUACCCAACAACAGUGAUGGAGUGGUUGUCCGUCUUUGUAUUGGCGUCCGUCCUGGUGUCCGCGAGGUUUCAGCAGCAGGGACAUCACUGUGAUUCAUUUAAUGAAUUGACAACACACGCAAGUGUCCAAGGUAAUGGCCCAAGUCUACCACAGCUACCUGACAGCUUCCAGACAAACCUCGAGGUGAACCUGAUGGAGCUCAACACAACCAAGGACGUCGUGGAGUACUUCGAUAACACGGGCAACAGGGCGACGCUUGUCACCUAUAGCGAAGGAACAGAGACCCGCGUUAUAUUUAACUACGAAUCCAACGAACUGUACUACAUCACAAAUGGUGUCUGCCAACUGUCCAUAUUGUCGGACAGCAUGUAUUCCGACCUGUUUGGUGUGGAAGACUCGGAUGGAUAUAAACAUAUAAUGACCAGUAACACCGCCCUCAAGUUUGGACAAUCAUAUGGAGAGAGAUAUAUUGGUAAAGAUGUAAUCCGGGGAAUCAGUGUAAACCACUGGCAAGCCUGUCUGUACUGGGCCAGGAAAGACGCCAACUUCACCGUCGACUACUACUUCUCUGAUUCCAUUUGGCACACAUCAUCCGAAUUUUUGAGUGUACCUGUUCGAGCAGAUGCUAAAGGCGUCAUGAACAAGCCUGGUGGAGCUCAGAACUUUCAUCAUGUCUACGACUUCUAUGCAUUUAAACCAUUUGCUGGGGAUAAUCAACAGUUUGAGACACCACCAGGAGUGAUAUGUUCUGGCCGUCAGAAGGGCCAGGCUAUGCCUGCCCUACCAAAGCAGUUCUACUACAGACAGGAGGUUGUCUCCCCUGAAGAUGGUUUCGUGACCUCUGUCGAUGUGUGGUAUGACGAGGCUUACCGACUGGUGAGGUUAGACUACCGUCCUCUCAGACCAGGUCCACCGUUCUACAACGUCAACCCCAUCACACAGAUAGAUGACUUCAACGGAGGAGUGAGAUACAUGAAGGAUAAUAUAAUGGGGAACUGUACCAUUAUGGCACUAGACAACGCCACAUUUGGUGCGAUGGAGAACCAGACACUGCUACACAACAAUGGUAGUUUUCUGCUCCAGAUGAAGAAUCCCCUUCAGCUCUUCACUAUCAACAAAAACUUCACAUUCGUAGGCCAGAGGCCUUGUCGCGAUUUGCAAUGUGAUGUGUUCUCCUCCAAAAUGACGCAUUUUUACGUUGAGGGUCAGAAUCAGCCUAUCAAUACAACCAUUGAAGCUUUCUUCCUCUCUAGGAGCAUGUAUGAUGUGCCCAAUCAUGGGACAAAUACUGACGAAUUUGUUCCCAUCAGACUGACAGUUGCCAGCGAUACUCCAUGGGCUGAUUUCUACCGAGUUUACAACAUUAUAGACUUUGACAAUCAACAUGCAGACCUCUCCUCAUACCAAAUCUCAUCCUGUUAUCCACCCGAAUCUAAAUUUCAAUUCAACAUCCGCUUCCCAGCUUUAUAUAACCAGGAUACAGCCGAUAUAUUUAAACUGAAGACACGGUUACUCAUGGCAGAGAAAAUGAGUGUUUCGCCUAUACGGGUCCAAGAUGUCUUUGUCGAACGCGACGUAGGUGACGUGUUUCUAUUUGCCACAUUGCUGGACCGGACUCCAGCUACAGCUCAGUUCACAUACAUUACUGGGCGGGAGAUUGAGAAACACGACGAUAUGGUGAUUCCCAAAACUACCUCUCCUAUGGAGUGUGCUGACUUCUGUGUGGACCUGAAAAAUAUCACGUGUAAUAGUUUCGAUUUCUGUCCUAUGGACAGUGGCUCAUGUCGUCUCAGCCGCAGCCAUAUUGGUGACGGGACAGCAGUACUCAUCCAGAGUCCUUGCUCUCAUUACUCAAGAAAUGUGAAUGCCCCACGUCGACCUGAGGUAACUAUACUGGAUGCAUAUGCUGCCCUCCGCAUUGCUGUUUACAACCAGGAAUUGAUGUUUCAGGUAGAAGAGGAUAAUAGUCAGAUGGUUGAAUACGAGGCCGUGGAUACACAGGUCAUACAAGGGCUGAUCACCCCUGUAGCAAUGCCCAAGCUAUCGGGUCAGUUCUCCUACAGCCAGGAAGUCACAAUACCAAGCAUAGCCGAGGUAUACAGUUCCAAGGUUUGGUACGAUUCCUCUUACAAAUUUGUACGAUAUGAUUACCAUCAAUCCUACAAGCCAACACCGCCGUUUUACUCCACCAACCCGAUGACACUCAUACAUGACUUCAACACAGGUGUGGCCUAUACUAUUGAUAGGGACUUUGAGAACUGUACCGUGGCACCCAUUGGAUCCGCCGGUAUUGACAGUGAAGUAGAUCCAAAGGUCGCCCUGAAAAAUGGAGCGUAUGUUGUGCAGAUGAAGAGCCCACUUGAAUUUUUCCAUAUAUCUAAUAACUACAAAUUUAUCGGACAGAAAUCUAUUCGAGGCCAACUUUGUAGUGGUUACGAAAUCCUCGUUCAGAACUUCGGUAUGCCAGGACUGUCUUUUACCAACAACACAGCUCUCAUCAGGUACUUCUUCCUCGAGGGUGGCUGGACGGAAGUGCCAGAGGAUUCCAGGGAUCUGACGUUUUCUCAACCUGUCCGCAUGGAGAUGACAAUAAUGCAGCAAAGUCUAUUUAUUGCAUAUGACUUCUUUGACUUUGAGGAAGUGUCACACCCAGAUCUUUCUGUCUUUGAUAUCAGAAAAUGUUUCAGUGAAGCCAAUCAACGCCAUUUUCAAAUUCAAUUUCCUGGUAAAUUCCAUCCAUUCUUGGAUAUCUACAGCAAAAUAUUCCAGCUGAUGUCCCAGAUAAAAAUGUCUGAGUGCACCAAUGCAUCCGUCAUCCGUUUCCAGGGAACACAGGUGGAUUAUGAUGACGACAAUAUCUACGUCACAAGCACUCUCCUCGGCAGGAACCCUUUCCUGGAUGAUUUCACGUUGGUGCCGGGAACAUUCUCACCCCACAAGUCUGAUGCCAAUUUCCCUAAUAUCGGUACGGUGAAAAGCUGCGCUGACCUCUGUAGCUCUCUCAGCAGCUUCCCUUGCAAUAGUUUUGACUACUGCCCCCAGGCCAACUAUUGUUUCCUCAACAAAAAUCAUAGUCAGGACGGAGCGAAGGUCAACGUCAGAACAGUCUGUUAUCACUAUUCAAAAACUGUCCAGGCCAGUACGGUUUCUAUUCCUAGCAUACAGCAAGCUUACACCAGACUAAAGAACGUUGUUUACUCAGGGAAGUUUAACGUCACCAUCCCCAAUGGUGAAAUGGUAACGGCCAAAAUAUUUUCUGCGUCUUCAAUCCGUGACGACAUUGUACGGCCUAAUGGUCAACAACAAACAGGACGGAUCCUCAGUAGAUUCCAUCAGAUGAAGAACAGCAUUCUGUCGGGAUCAGGUGACGGUCAAGAGACUCGGUUGGCCGUGGACGACUGUGCUGCAGCGUGUCUCGGGGAGGAUUUAUUCGACUGUCAGUCAUUUAGCUACUGUUAUAACUCGGAGACCUGCUUACUUAGUGCCACACAUCCUGACGAAAACCUCCAACAAGUCAAGUACAGUUCUGCCUGUGAUCUCUUUUCACGUCAGUAUUUAGACAAUUAUGACGAGUUACCAGGAAUGGUGUUUAAAAUGACAGCCACAAACGCGCUAACUGUUAAAACGAACAACUUGUGUGCCCAGAGAUGUACUACGAGUCUAUUGUGUAAGUCAUUUGACUAUUGUGCCAGCUCCAAGUCAUGUUUACUGAGAAGAAAACACACACUGGAUGUCCCCGACUCUUUCCUCACGACAUCGCCUCAAUGUAACCACUACUCGAAGAAGUACUUAUUUGAUUUCAAGAAGAAUGAAGGAAAGCAGAUGAAUUACGGCCCAGCUUUACUGUUCAGAGGGAUAUCGGUUGAACAAUGUGCCAAGUCCUGUGUGGAAGAACAGUCCAUAAACUGCCAUAGUUUCGACUUCUGUAGCAACACAAGCACAUGUAUGCUUCAUAACCCACAACCAAAGCAGGCUCCUCCAGGAUCGGUAGUCGCCAGUGCCAACUGUAGUCUUUAUACUAGACGAUUUUUCCCUGGAAUGACACCUUCAAGUAAUAUGCCGACCAUUCGACCUUACAAUCCCGGUAAUAACCCGGGUACAGGAUGUGGUCAAUCUGCUUCCAAGACUGACAGCUCCUCGUCUAAUGCUAGCGCAGGUGCGUUUGUGGGUGUGGCGUUCGGUGUGUUCCUCCCAGGACUGGUCCUUGGUGCUGUGAUAGUGACACUAUUUCGCAGCUACAGGGAAAAGAAAAUUAAGAAAGAUGAAAUGAACGUGACUUUUGUCAAGGACGAUCAUGAACUAACAUAAAAAUCGAACGAUAUUAAUACUACGAUAUUUUGAAACAAAAUAAAUGAAAUAUUCAUGUUUUGAAUCUUAUAAUAUCUUACCUGUGAAUAUAACACCUAUACUUCGAAAGAAAUUAUGGUUCUUUUUAGGGAAAACAUUUACGUGUAAGCUAACCCCACUGAUAAAGGUGAUCAAAUAAUGCACUUAUAUUGGUAUAAAAAUAGUUUUAAUGGUUAAAAUGGUUCGCUUAUCGUGUGUGAAAAAAAAAAGUUUUCCUUACAAGAAGGACAUGAGAUCUUAUGUGUUCUUGCUUAUCUUGUGUAGAUAUCAUAUGGCAUAUGUACUUAUAACGAGGUUGCAAGAUAUCUCAGCUUACGUUGACAUUAGCUGUUCUGGUGAAGAUAUUAAUUCGUUAUAUUUGAGUGUUGUGAGAUCUCUUUCUGUAUACUUAGACUGUUUCAUAUAUUUCCAUUUUUCAUUCAUAGAUCCAUAUUUUUUUAAAGUAUUAUAUUCAAGCGUAGUUUCAUUUUUUUGUAUAAGAAUUAAGUAAGCUUGUAACCCUAUA